ACUCGAACAGAAAGAAAUCGAACAGAGCGAAAUACGUUACUCGUACUUUUUGGUGCUUUGGCAAUCUAGUUGGUUCACCACAAUCUAAAUGCUGGCAACCAGCUGGCCAAGUCUGACUGCUGAUCAUGUUUUGGCCAAAACAUUACCCGGGCUGUGCUAGCCUUUGGCUGCCGCUGCUCCUCAGCCUGCUCUACACACAAAACGCAUCCACUUUCAUUGUGCCACAGGAACUACCAACCAUAUUAUCCCUAGUUUUCUCCAACAUACCACCGAUUAAAAAAGGAACCGAUUCACGUCUUGGCUUUGGCUUUCGUUUGGGCGAACAUGCCGAUUUCCAAGUGCUCGUCGAGCUGGGGCCCCAGAAGGAGACGAAACCCAUUGGGGAGCCCAGCAAGGAUGAUCAAUCGUUCAACAAACGCCAGGUGAGCCCCACCGAGCAGAAGGCCCUGCUGCGACAGCAGUACCGACAGCAACUGAAGGAAGAGGCCGAGAGAUUGAUGACCUCUACGGAGCGAAAUGGGGCCACCUGGCUGGAGAGCUGGUCGAACGGCAUGAAACCGCAAAAGCCCAAGGCGAAGGGUAGUACAAGGCGUCCGAUCGAAGAAAGCCAGGCCCCCAACCUGCCGCUGCAGCCACAAGUUCAAGAGAAUGCCAUGCAACAGCUGCAGCAGCUCUACAAGAUGGCCAGUACCAGCAGUACGAGUAGCACCACUGCGGCUCCUCCGCCCUAUGCAGGUGGUCCUCUCAAUUUAGGUGGCCCCAGUGGGUUCAAGCUGCCACCGCCAGCCCUCGAGCAGGAGUCCAACGCCCUGAGUAAUAUUGGUCCUGCGAGGAGCAAGAGCGAAAUCACAAAGGAGCUAAUGGAUGUCAGCCUGGAGACAGCGGAGGCUUAGGUUGUGCCAUUUUCUAGUUACUAAUU